AUGGCUGGACCGCAUAAUUCGCGCCCAGGGCCAGCAGCAACCCCAGCAAAAGUUCUUGUCGCUCAACUCUCCUCGCCAACGCUCAACAUACGCUCAGAGUUCGAAUUAGCCUACAAAAUCAGCAAAUGUACUACUUCUACUGCCGUCAAACAACUCGCCACUACCCUCUGCCGCGGCGACAUUGCAGAAACCACCUCGCGUCUCACCCAAAAUCGAUCAGACCUCAACGCUCUCAUUGAGGUAGCGCAAGAACAAGUCGAAAAGGUAAAAAAGAUGGAACGUGACUGGCGCCCGGACCUGCCUUCUAAAACCAAGGAGUUCGCGACCGAUCUGGUAGCUGGGAAGAACAACGAUAUGCGAGAGGCAAUGAAGCUUUUCGAUGAGUUGAGGUGGGAAUAUGAGAGGUUUAUCAAGUACUUGGAUUGGAUUGAGGAGCUCAAGGUUGAGAGAGAGCAUUUACUGGAGGAUCGAAAGUACAUGUGUGGUCAUUUUGAUUGA